AUGGCGGUAAACAACAUGACAACAACUGCAGCACCAAACAUGACAACAACAGCAGUAAACAACAUGACAACAACUGCAGGAAACAACAUGACAACAACUGCAGCACCAAACAUGACAACAACAGCAGGAAACAACAUAACAACAACUGCAGUAAACAACAUGACAACAACUGCAGUAAACAACAUGACAACAACAGCAGUAAACAACAUGACAACAACUGCAGGAAACAACAUGACAACAACAGCAGUAAACAAUAUGACAACAACUGCAGUAAACAACAUGACAACAACUGCAGGAAACAACAUGACAACAACAGCAGUAAACAAUAUGACAACAACUGCAGUAAACAACAUGACAACAACUGCAGGAAACAACAUGACAACAGUUCCCCCACUGACUCCUAACAUUACAGUGGAAGCUCUUGAGACGCCUGUUUCUAGGGCAGAGUGUGGGACCCAACAGCUCUGUGUGGCUGAGCCCUCUGUGUGCGACCCAUCCGCUGCAGGAUCAUGUUUUUUCCUUGCUGCCAGACAGCAGAGCGGCUCAAACUUUGACUUCAGCAUCUCAGGAGAGUCUGACGGCUACAUCGCUGCCACCCUGUCACCUGACAGCACAGUGGGAGACAAUGACCCAACCUACGUCUGUGCAAACAACAAUGGUGUUGUCAGAUUCUUUAGCACUGUCCUCAACAAUGGCCAGCUGGUUUCAACAGAGCUGAACGUGAACUCUGUGAGGGGCAGAGUCAAUGGAAGAAGAAUCCAGUGCUCAUUUGCUGCCACUCUACCAAGCGCAACAACUAGAACAACAGGUUUCGCAAUCUCACUGAGCGAUGGAUCUUUCAACCCGACAUCUGGUGAUCUGGGAAGCCCCACCACCCGAUUUAGGAGCCCUGCUGUAGACCUGACAAAUGUUAAUGCCACCGUCAACAAUGAAAUUACCACCACCGCCACCACCACUGCCGCCCCCACCACCACCGCCACCACCACCACCACCGCCACCACCACCACUGCAGGAAUCAUGACAACAGCUGCAGUAACCAACAUGACAACAACAGCAGUAAACAAUAUGACAACAACUGCAGGAAACAACAUGACAACAACUGCAGGAAACAACAUGACAACAGUUCCCCCACUGACUCCUAACAUUACAGUGGAAGCUCUUGAGACGCCUGUUUCUAGGGCAGAGUGUGGGACCCAACAGCUCUGUGUGGCUGAGCCCUCUGUGUGCGACCCAUCCGCUACAGGAUCAUGUUUUUUCCUUGCUGCCAGACAGCAGAGCGGCUCAAACUUUGACUUCAGCAUCUCAGGAGAGUCUGACGGCUACAUCGCUGCCACCCUGUCACCUGACAGCACAGUGGGAGACAAUGACCCAACCUACGUCUGUGCAAACAACAAUGGUGUUGUCAGAUUCUUUAGCACUGUCCUCAACAAUGGCCAGCUGGUUUCAACAGAGCUGAACGUGAACUCUGUGAGGGGCAGAGUCAAUGGAAGAAGAAUCCAGUGCUCAUUUGCUGCCACUCUACCAAGCGCAACAACUAGAACAACAGGUUUCGCAAUCUCACUGAGCGAUGGAUCUUUCAACCCGACAUCUGGUGAUCUGGGAAGCCCCACCACCCGAUUUAGGAGCCCUGCUGUAGACCUGACAAAUGUUAAUGCCACUGUCAACAAUGAAAUUACCACCACCACCACCACCACCACCACCACCGCCGCCCCCACCACUACCGUUAAUCACGGCAUCACAUUCCACCAAUCACUAACGCAGGCUCUGCUGAUCACUGUGGGUGCACUGGGCCUGGCCAUGCUAUGAGAAAAAUGAAACCCCCACGAGUCAAUUUUGAAGCUUUUAAUUUAAUGUUAUAUGUAAGCUGUUUUGUUUUGUAACGGUUGGACUGCUGGAUUUCUGUCUAUUGAGUUUCUUAAUUGCAGGCAGAUACUAUGACUCUCUGCCCCAGGUGUCAAUCAAACUAUGAUAACAAAUUAGAAACACUAAAUUAGAACUGUUAAAGAGUAAUCAAACAUCAAAUCCAAAUCAAGUCAGCAGCAGGUGUCAUGCUAGAUACAAAUUUUGGGUUUGGGGUCUGGUUACCUGUUAGGCCCUCAUUACUACUGUCAAAAGCAAAAAAACAAAAACCUCCUGACUUGAUAAGUUGAUGGUGACCAAUGAAGCCGUCAAAUUGUUUUAUGUUUCUUAUGACACCCACAGCACAGGCAAAGAAACAAUGUUGUUUUCCUCUCCUGUCACUCAUAAUAAUGCCAGCAAAUGGCAUAUGUGUGCUUGUGCAUUAUGUUGUUAUUAUGUUUAUGUAUGUACUGUUGAUGAUUCAAGAAUGCUUUUAAAAUGAAGCCUUCAUUGGCUGAUAUUCUCACACAAUUAUAUGUGCAAUUGUGCAAUUACACACGUAAAUGAGCCAAUGUACACAGUAUUGGUGAAACAAAUUUUACACAUUGUAUAAUGUAACAAUUAUGUUUUUAUGAAUUGUUUUGAAAUAAAUAUCUUACACAAUUAUCUGAUGGUACACUAAUUGUUGAGUGUGUACUCACACAUGCACACAAGUGAUUUAAACGUAAAAUGUAAUUCAUGACUCAUAUUUGUCAUACAUACUGUGAACUUGCCUUGUUUCAUUAUGUGUCCCUCAAUUGGCAUACUGUAUGUUUUCUCUAUCAGGUAAUUGAGGAGGUGUAAAGAUAGAAGUUCCUUGCCUCAAUAUUUUGUUAAUGCAUUAUUAUUUAUAUUAUUAAUUUAUUGUUAAUGUUAAUGUAUUGUAAUUAAGCUGUAUGAGUGAAUUGAGUACAUUUAAUUUACAGUGUAAUUAAUCACAAUGCAAUAAUAUAAACUGAACUGAAGAUGCACUAUGCAUGAACACACCCAGAGACAGGGUUAGAUGGCGAUUUCAGUUGUUCUUUCUGUCCUGUUUGCCAGGUGUGUGGGUUGUGGCUCUACCAAACUGCGCAAUAUUGAAUUUAAAAAAC